AUCGAGUUGUUUAUGAAUCACGUUCAUUGCAUUAGCCUCAUUAACGUUAAAGGUGUGCAACGCCCAAAUUAUACUUUUGUAGUUUCCUGCAUUGUUUAAGGAAAAAAAAUCAUGUUUUCGUCAGAUUUAUUUUCGGAAGGUGUCUCGAGUCAGUUGACUGAAUCGAUUUUGAAAGAUACUUGUUUGAGUUUUGUCUUGCAAGACUACUACUCCAUGAUGGACAGUGACGGACCUAGAUCUUUAAAUGGACUAGCACUGCACGAUAACUACCAGGACACGAACUACGCAUACGAGGCUACAGAGGAGCAGAGGCGAAAUGCCCGGAUGAGCAGUCUGGAUGACUUCUGGAAAAUGCACAGGAAAUCCCUGGAUGAUCCGGAUGCUUUCUGGAGCGAGGCCUCGGAAUCUUUAUAUUGGAAAAUUCCGGUACCGAAACAAAAUGUAUGCAGGUACAAUUUCGAUGUCCAUAAGGGAAAGAUUUUUAUCGAAUGGAUGAAGGGUGCGAUGACCAAUAUUUGCUACAAUGCACUGGACAGAAAUGUUGAGAAGGGACAUGGGGAACAAAUUGCCUAUUUCUGGGAAGGAAAUGAUCCCUUGGAUUCAGACAAAAUAACUUACAGAGAGCUUUUAAGAAGGGUGUGCAAAUUUGCGAACAUCCUUAAAUCCAAAGGAGUUAAGAAAGGGGACAUGGUGGCCAUGUACAUGCCGAUGAUCUUAGAAUUGGUUAUUAGUAUGUUUGCCUGUGCAAGAAUCGGUGCUGUCCAUUCUGUUGUGUUCGGUGGUUAUUCUGCUGAAGCUUUAGCUGAUCGAGUGUUAGACGGGAAUUGCAAAGUCAUUGUCACGGCAGAUGGAGUCUUCCGAGGGACUAAAUUAAUCGAACUGAAAAACAUUGUAGAUAAAACAGUCAAAAUAUGCAAAGAAAGGAAUCACAUUAUAUCAAGUGUGAUUGUGGUCAACCAUCAAAUGAGGUUAUCCUCCACACGUAAAUAUUUAAAAGAGGGAUCAGCGGGUGAAAAACUAGUACACGGGUGCAACAUAGGCGUGUCAUGGAAUGAAAGUAUAGACUGUUGGUGGGACAAAGAAAUGGAAGAAUCUCCAGAUGUCUGUGAUCCAGUUUGGUUAGAUGCUGAACACACACUUUUCACUCUCUACACCAGUGGAUCUACCGGUAGUCCGAAGGGAUGUGUCCAUACGACUGGAGCCUAUAUGGUGUAUGGGGCUGUCUCUUUUAAAUUAAUCUUCGACUACUAUCCCGGAGAUGUCUUCUUCUGCACUGGAGACAUUGGUUGGCUCACUGGGCACACGUACAUAGUAUAUGGAUCACUACUAAACACAGCCACCUGCAUUCUGUAUGAAGGAGUGCCCGCGUACCCAGAUCCAGGACGUUACUGGUCCAUCGUUGAAAAGUACGCCGUGACUCAGUUUUACACAGCGCCAACAGCCAUCAGGACUCUCAUGAAGUUUGACAACUCCUUUGUAACGAGGCAUGACAGAAGUAGCAUUCGUCUUUUGGGUUCUGUUGGUGAGCCCAUCAACCGAGAUGCCUGGUUCUGGUACCACGGUAUUGUGGGUGAAGGUCGUGUACCCAUCGUCGAUACCUACUGGCAAACCGAAACGGGAGGAUUUUUGAUGACUCCUGUACCAUUCUGUACCCCAUUAAAGCCAGGAUGUGCAGCACUUCCUUUCUUUGGAGUGGAACCAGAAUUGGUGGAUGAGAAUGGAAAAGUGGUCGAAGGUCCAGGAAAAGGCUAUCUGGUUAUCAAGAGACCGUGGCCAGCCAUCAUGAGAACAGUGUUUAAGAACCAACAAAGAUUUGAAGAUGCCUACUUCAAAAAAUUUCCCGGUUAUUAUUUCACAGGAGAUGGUUGCAGGAGAGACGAGAACGGUUUCUACUGGAUCACCGGGAGAGUGGACGAUAUGCUGAAUGUGUCCGGCCAUUUGCUGUCCACCAGUGAAGUGGAAUCUGCACUUCUCGGCAAUCGCAACGUUGCAGAGACGGCCGUUGUCCCACACUUUCACCCAAUCAAAGGAGAAUGCCUCUACUGCUUUGUCGUGCUCAAGGACGGAUGCAGUUUUGAUGACAAAAUAGUUCAAGAACUAAAACAACAAGUGGUUAAUAUCAUCGGUCCUUUUGCCCGACCAGAGUAUUUCCAUCCAGCCUCUUCCCUUCCAAAGACAAGAUCCGGUAAAACUGUUCGACGAAUUCUAAGAAAAGUCGCCGCCAACGACAGAGACAUCGGAGAUCUGAGUACUUUAUUGGAUGAGAAUGUGGUGGAUGAACUCUUCGAAUCAAAGAACUCCUUGAAACUAAAUAAAUAAAAUAAAAAAUCGAACAUACUAAUAAAAAAUUGUUUUUUGUUUA